UCAGCCGGAAGGCUCCAGACCAAAGGCAGGAGGCCUGUUCUGGUCCUGUGUGACUCUGAGCAGGUGGCUGACCAUAUCUGGGCCUCAGGUCCCGCAUCUGUGAAAAAGAUAAGUAAUAUCUCCCUCGUGAAUCUGCUGAGGGUCUUGAGAAAGUGUGUGUGAGCACGCUUUGUAAAUGAUGCUUGUGUGAGUGAGUGGCGGGCAUCGCUCCCUGAGCUGUCUUCUAGCUCCAGAGCUCCAGCCUGCUGUCCCACCUUGGGCCCUUGGGCGCCAACAUCUGAUAGCCCUACUGUGUCCUCCUUUUGCCUGCCCCUCUGCCCUUCCCAUUCUCAGUCUCUAUGUACUCCUACUGUAAGGAGAAGGGCAGUGUACUGAGAUGGAGUGGGGAGCAGGAGUCCAGGAGCAGGCAAAGCAGUGGACUUGGAAUCAAGUCCACUUGACAAGUUCCAGUUCCCAUCUCAGUUAUUACCUCUGUUCGCAGAGCUCCCGGCAGCAGCUCGCCAGUCCAGCAGAGCCCCCAGUGGUGCAACUGCAAUUACACACAGUGUCUCCGCCAGUCCUAAGAUAUAUUAGCUCGUUCUCUUUGUAAAUUGCAUCUUAUUUUAAAAUUAAAUCUUCAAAGUGCUGACAUUAACUAAAGAAAAAGAUGCUAGAGUCUUUCAUCUGUUUAUGUUUUAAUUAAACAAAGUUUCUCCAGGGUCCUUAAGUGGUGGAGGUCCAGGAUGCAGAGAUGAGGCCAGGUCCUGGUUCCUGGGCUCCCUCUACCCCACCCCACUGAUGCAUCCCAUGCUCCGUGUGCUCUCCCGACCCUCCCCUCCCCUACCUUUGCCAGGGACCCUCCCUAGCCUCCCUUGCUGGUUUUGAAUCUCCACCUCCUCUCCCCUCUCCUCUCCCGCACCCACGAAACCUCCCAGAGUGGAAGCACAUCACUGACCCACCACGGAGUCCUCGGCAUGACGUCCCUGGCCAUCCUGUGACCAGUGAGGCUUGGGGCUUGUGAUCAGGGUUCCAAGUGCCCCUGAGCUUGUCAUCCACCCUCAGCCUCAGCCUGACUUUCCCUAGAAAGGGCAGCAAAGCCAGGGCCCCGCAAAGAAGAGGCAGCACACAGAGGGAGCAAGGGGGAAGCCGUCCAUAACUCGCCCACAGUUUCCUCCUGGCCUUUUCAGCUCCUCCCUCGGGGGUAGGUCAUGGUGGGGAGGGGCAGCUGGGCACAGGGGAGAGCAGGCAUCUUCUACAGAGGCCUGGGAAGCUGUGUGCUGGACAGCACCAAGCCCACCAGACCCAGACUCACCUACAGCUGGAGAUCCCCACUUCCCUGUGCCCACAGAAUCUGCGCUUUGCAGUCUCCCAUCUCCCCAACCCAGGCCUUAGCCUUUCUCAUUUUUCUAUCAGAGGUGCUGGAAGAGCAGCAGAAUCAGGCCCAGCUCCCAAUUCCCUCUCCCCAGUCUUCUCCAGGUGUCCCCUCCCACGAGCACACAGGAAAAGGACCACAUGGCCUGGCGAGCCCCACACCCACUGCUGCUGCUGCUGCUGCUGUUCCCAGGCUCUCAGGCACGAUCCAAGGCUCAGGUGCUUCAAAGUGUGGCAGGGCAGACGCUAACCGUGAGAUGCCAGUACCCACCCACGGGCAGGCUCUACGAGAAGAAAGGCUGGUGUAAGGAGGCUUCAGCACUUGUGUGCAUCAGGUUAGUCACCAGCUCCAAGCCCAGGACGGUGGCUUGGACCUCUCGAUUCGCAAUCUGGGACGACCCUGAUGCUGGCUUCUUCACUGUCACCAUGACUGAUCUGAGAGAGGAAGACUCAGGACAUUACUGGUGUAGAAUCUACCGCCCUUCUGACAACUCUGUCUCUAAGUCCGUCAGAUUCUAUCUGGUGGUAUCUCCAGCCUCUGCCUCCACACAGACCUCCUGGGCUCCCCGCGACCUGGUCUCUUCACAGACCCAGACCCAGAGCUGUGUGCCUCCCACUGGAGUAGCCAGACAAGCCCCUGAGUCUCCAUCUACCAUCAUUGUCCCUUCACAGCCACAGAACUCCACGCUCCACCCUGGCCCUGCAGCCCCCAGUGCCCUGGUCCCUGUGCUCUGUGGACUCCUCAUAGCCAAGAGCCUGGUGCUGUCAGCCCUGCUCGUCUGGUGGGGGAACAUAUGGUGGAAAACCCUGAUGGAGCGCAGGAGCCUGGAUACCAAAAAAGCCACCUGCCACCUUCAACAGGUCACGGACCUUCCCUGGACCUCAGUUUCCUCACCUGUAGAGAGAGAAAUAUUAUAUCACACUGUUGCAAGGACUAAGAUAAGCGAUGAUGAUGAUGAACACACUUUGUGAAUAAUAAAAUUAUCUGAAUGUUUUA